CCCUUUUGUCGGCAUAUUUGGUAUUUACAGUUGUUGUUGUUGUUUUUCUAUUUAAUUCUACCGAAAGCCUCUUUUUGCCUAAAAUCACCCAGGCUGUGUCUCGACCAGUAACAAACCUGCCUACCAAUGCAUAGGGCAUGCGCGUUCAAUCAUUAUUAAAAUUAAUGGAUGAGCCGAUACUACCACUCGCAAGACUAAAUAUAAGUCUCUGCUGUAAAUUAAAAGGCUUUCACUGCGAAUUACCUCCAGACUGCGGAUACUUGCAAAAAGAACGGAAGGGCGGGGUGAGUCAAACCUACACCAUCCAGUCAAUUACUGAAGCUGAGAGUUCAUAAAAAGGGUUUGCACAAGUAAUUACAACGGUAAAAUU